GCACCCACGCCACAGGAAAGCAGGGAGGAACCGAGACAGCCCGCCAAAAAUAGGCGCCGGGUCCGCCGCGACCCAUGGGCGUCAAGCAGGCUGCGCCGCUCCUCCUCCGCCCCAUGCGGGACGACGACGGCAGCAGCUGCUGUAGCGGCGGUGUGCGCGAGGGCAGCACGGCCCCGGUGCUGGAGGUGGAGCAGUCGCCCUCGCCGCCGCCCAUGUCGUCCUGCGGACGAUACAUCCUGCACCGCGUCUGCCGGUUCGACACCCUCGCCGGCGUCGCCAUCAAGUACGGCGUCGAGGUGGCGGAUGUGAAGCGCGUCAACGGCCUCACCACCGACCUCCAGAUGUUCGCGCACAAGAUGCUGAGGAUUCCGCUCCCCGGAAGGCACCCGCCCGCUAAUCGCGCCGCGUCCCCUCCGUCCUCUUCCCCAAGCCACACCGAUCACAACAGAGAAUGGACUACUCGUCGCCCUCCCAAAAAUGCUGAUGCCUUGGAUCAACUUCUUAAACCACCGCGGAACGCAAUUUCGCCGUCCAUGAGCCUCUUGCAGGGAUACUAUGGUCUCACACCACCUCCAAAGCGGAACCCAACUAAUGAAGGCACCGAGAUGGCAACAUACACUAGAGGUCAUCAUAGGAAAGCUAGAAGCUUGUCGAGUGCCUUUUCACUUGAAAAUGGAGAUGCCAAUAGGGAGAUUGACGUUGCUGAAAAGCCAAUCAGGCGGCGCCAGAAAGCCGAUGGUGAGUUGACAACAAGGGAGGACAAUGGCGGCAGCCUGCUGCCGAGGGCCGGGCAAAGCUUGGCACUGAGAUCAAAGUCUGGCAGUCGACCAGAUAUGAACAAUAGCCAGCAAGAUCUUGUGGCGACAUGGAUACCUUCAGACGGGGAUGGAUUGCAUACUGUGAAGAAAUCAUCAAGCAGUCCGGAAUUCCAGGAUUCAGACAGCAACAGCAUUGCUUCCGUCUGGCUGAAGAGCAAGUGGAGCUUGAAACCAGAUGCUUUCACCCUCCCUCUCCCUCUCCCGCUUUUCGACGGCAUCCCAAAGCCUCUUUUCGACAGCAUUCCAAAGCCAAUUGCUGCAUGGAGAAACAAGGCAGCCAAAGAUUAGUAAGGUUCAUAGCUUGGUUACAUGUGUCAUACUCUUCGCUGGUUUGUUUUGAUCUUAGUUGAGGUGCAGGAGAGGCCUGGAGCCUGGAGGAGUUGAUUUAUAUCUCCCCAGUCCCCAGCCAAACAAGGAAGAGUGGACAUUGCAAACACAGAAAGCGCUUCUUCCAUAACCUACAAAGACGGUGCUGGAAGGACGUGAUGGAUACCGUGAUAAUUUCUACAUACAUACUGUGGUGAAUCCGCUGCGCCAAAGCAGCAGCAGUUGUUUUCCUCGUUAUAAAUUAUACUAGUUAAAAGGCAUGAGAGACUUGGGCUAAUUUGAGCCUUCGAAGGUUAUUAUGUACACAGUGCAGAACUGCAGAUAGACAAUAUAGGAAUAAAGGUGACCGACAAGCAGCAUGCGUGUCGUUUCCAUGCACUAAUAAAGA